GCAGCGGAAAACUGAGCACAAACUCACUCAGCCCGCAGACCUGCAGGAAACGCAAGAGAGUCUCUGUAUCUCCGAGACAGCAUCUUUUUUUACGAGGAGUUAUGGCAGGAGUAAAAAUGCGCUCCACUCGCAGACUGCGCUCCUGGAUCGUCGAGCAGGUGAGCAGUGGUAAAUACCCCGGCGUGAUGUGGGACGACGAGGCAAAGACCAUGUUCCGCAUCCCCUGGAAACACGCCGGGAAACAGGACUUCCGCAAAGACGAGGACGCCGCCAUCUUCAAGGCGUGGGCCGAGUUCAAGGGCAAGCUGACGGACGGCGACCAGGACAACCCGGCCACCUGGAAAACGCGGCUGCGCUGCGCCCUCAACAAGAGCCCCGAGUUCAAGGAGGUGCUGGAGCGAGCGCAGCUGGACAUCUCCGAGCCCUACAAGGUGUACCGGCUGGUGCCCAUCAGCGAGCAGGGUGUGGUGAUGCCCGAGAGGAGAGGACGAGAGAAAGGCAGGAAACUGAAGAGGAGAAUCAGCAGCGACGAGUCGGAGACAGACGACGUCAGCGGGGUCAAACAGAUCAAAACAGAAGAGGUCACGUCUCAGCUUCAUGUAGACGAAGCGCUGCUGCAGAACGGCGAGGCGGCCGGGACAGGAGGAACCUCCCAGUGCACCACCAUCGUUCAGAGAGAGGUGGAGAACGAGAUCCGGCUGGACGUGCGGAUCGAGGAGAGCGUCACCGCUCCGGCGGGAGGCCAGGACUCCUUCCACGUGGCGAUCCACUAUUUAGGCCGGGAGGUCGUCAGGCGGCAGAUCCAGGGCAGCGACGUCCGGAUCACCUACCUGCCCGGGUCGUCCAUCCCCCCGACGCCGGCCGCCAUGAGCAGCAGGUUCCCGCGGAUGCUGCUGCCGGAGCCGCCGCAGGCGCUGCCGGCCGGCCCGGAGCUGCAGGCGCUCUUCACCCUGCUGCCCUUCAUGGAGAAGGGGAUGGUGCUGACCUCCACGCCGCAGGGCGUCUACGGGAGGAGGUUCUGCCAGGGCAGGAUCUUCUGGGCGGGGCCGCACACCUCCACGCAGAGCCUGCACCGGAUGGAGAGGAACACGGAGCCGGUGCUGCUCUUCAGCAGAGACGCCUUCAAGCAGCAGCUGGACCACUACUGCUCCAACGGGGGCGAGCCGCCGCAGUGCAGCUUCAUCCUGUGUUUCGGGGAGGAGCUCAGCGACAUGGAGGACGCCUCCAGGAAGCUGAUAACUGCUCAGGUCACGCUGCCGUGGGCCGAGCAGCAGGUGCGCAACGCCAAGUCCAUCUUUGAAUCCAUCUCCGUGCUGCAGUCUCUGGCGAGCCAGUCUCCUCUGGGGGAAAUCACGCUGAACCUGGUCUCGGUGCCCGACCCCAGCGCCGACUCCACCUGCACGACCAUCCAGGACCCCUCGGGGCUUUUCCUCCAGAAACAAGACACACCUGCCGUGUCGAUCCACAUUUAAGGAGCGGAUAAUAACGAGGAACUGCUUCACAUCAUCUCUGUAAAAACACCCGACUAGUCUUUGUGAUUUCUAGCCCUUUUUUAUCCCAUUCAGUGAAUCUCUUCAUCUUCUGUAUAAAAUAUAGUCAUGGAUAUGUUUGAUUCUGCAAACUGGAAAAGGAGGAAGAGGCCUGGGAAAGUUGGAGGGAGGAGCUACCUCUCCAUGUUUUGUUCAAGUAUCAACAGAGGCAGCGUCGUCUACAAAUUGCCUACCCUACCUUUAAUGACCAGUGGAGUAAUCAACUUAAACAUUGCACUUGUACUCGGACAAGAACUAACUUUGGGAUGCACCUUAUCUCCUGGUGAAGAUCUGGAAACACUAAAAUCCAACUAACACUUAGGAGUCUUUUCCCAAAGAUUAUUAAGAACCAGAAAUGUUCUUGUGCUUUCUUUUUUUUUUCGUAGUUACGGUGCUAAAGACUCAAAACUGCAGUCGGGUCUGAACCCAGACAGAUGAGAAACUGCAGUCCUAAUCAAGUCUUUUAUCCACAUCAUGUCAAAUACCAGUUUAACCAUAAAAUAAGGGAACGCACAUCAUUUUAACCUCAUAUGUCAUUAGAUUUGUAGCUGUUCCGUGUAUUUCUGUGUAAUUUCCUCUGCAGCCUUUGUUUUUAAACAGACAUCAACACUUACUCUUUUAUCCAAAUGUGAAUAACGUGUUUUGUCAAUGAGAAACUGUCCGGUGUCGUCCACUCAGCCGGACCUGCAGCCGCUUCAGCAGAACCUGAUCCGCCUUUUGAGAAACUUCCUCCCGACACGUUGCUUUAUUGUUAUAAAUGGUGCAACAACUUCGGGGCGGAGCUUCUCUAAACUAUUUAAGGGGCACACAUGAGCUCUUUUCUGCUUCAGAGUUUAAACCUCCGAAGACCUGGAGGUGUUUAACAGAGGAGGAGCCUGAAGUUAUUAAAGGUUAUUAAAAAUAGGAAAUAACACAGAUAAUCCCACUUGGACCAAGCUUUCUUGACUAACAAGGCAGUAAAUGUUGGAUUCAACAGUCAUGUGCAACUCGAACACAAACCCGUGAGAUGUUUUUAAACUGCCUGAACUCCAGCCUGGAUCCCGAGCAUCGACCCGGCGGUCGAACCUGAGCUCCAACGACGUCACGGUGGCGGCAGGACCUCUAGUGAGCUGCUGGUUUCUGUACAUUUGGUUUGUUUCAGAACCCCGACGAAGCAAAAACAAACAAAACCAGACCAGAAAUAAAGCACAAGAGAAGUGUUGUAGUGUCAAAAGUGAUUUUAAGGCAAAUUAGUCCUUUUUUUGUUUUAAAUCAUUAGGAUAUUGAGCUGGGAACAUUUAGGAGUGAGGGGGGAGAUUAACCAAGAUGUAAAUAUUUUGUUAUUUAUGUACGUUUGUCUUCGUUCAGUCAAGUAAAAAUAAACAUCUACGUGGACCCGUGUGGAGUGUUUGUUU